UGGAACUUUGACUUCUGCUUGGCUCGGGUUAUGUAUGAUUUUGCUGCUGAACCUGGAAAUAAUGAACUGACAGUUAGUGAAGGAGAAAUCAUCACAAUUACAAAUCCGGAUGUUGGUGGAGGAUGGCUGGAAGGAAGAAACAGCAAAGGAGAACGAGGACUUGUUCCCACCGACUAUGUUGAAACUUUACCCAACGAUGGAAAAGAUCCAUUUUCUUGUGGAAAUUCAGUGGCUGACCAAGCUUUCCUUGAUUCCCUCUCAGCAAGUGUAGCUCAAACCAGUUCAUCAGCUGUCAACAGCAACAACCAGGUCAGUGGUGGCAAUGACCCCUGGUCAGCCUGGAAUGCCCCAAAAUCUGGGAACUGGGAGAGCUCAGAUGUCUGGGGAGCUCGGCAAGAGGGGGCUGGUGCCCAGAGAAACACUGCCAACAACUGGGACACUGCCUUCGGACACCCCCAGGCCUACCAAGGACCAGCGGCUGGUGAUGACGAUGAGUGGGAUGAAGACUGGGAUGACCCCAAGUCCUCUUCUCCUUACUUUAAGGAUCCAGAAUCAGCUGAAACAGGGGGUGUUCAGCGAGGGAACAGUCGUCCAGGUGCUUCCUCCAUGAAGCUGCCACUUAACAAAUUUCCUGGAUUUGCAAAACCUGGAAUGGAACAAUAUUUGUUGGCCAAGCAGCUAGCAAAGCCCAAAGAGAAAAUUCCCAUCAUUGUUGGAGAUUAUGGCCCAAUGUGGGUUUAUCCUACCUCGACAUUUGACUGUGUGGUAGCAGAUCCCAGAAAAGGCUCCAAAAUGUAUGGCCUGAAGAGCUACAUUGAAUACCAGUUAACACCUACUAACACUAAUCGAUCUGUAAACCACAGGUAUAAGCACUUUGAUUGGUUGUAUGAACGUCUCCUGGUUAAGUUUGGAUCAGCCAUUCCAAUCCCUUCUCUUCCAGACAAGCAAGUCACAGGUCGCUUUGAAGAGGAAUUUAUCAAAAUGCGCAUGGAGAGACUUCAGGCCUGGAUGACCAGGAUGUGCCGGCACCCAGUCAUCUCAGAGAGCGAAGUCUUCCAGCAGUUCCUGAACUUCCGAGAUGAGAAGGAAUGGAAAACUGGAAAGAGGAAGGCUGAGAAAGAUGAGCUGGUGGGAGUUAUGAUAUUUUCCACCAUGGAACCAGAGGCACCUGACUUGGACUUAAUAGAAAUAGAACAGAAGUGCGAAGCUGUGGGCAAAUUCACCAAGGCCAUGGAUGAUGGUGUGAAGGAGCUGCUGACCGUGGGGCAGGAGCACUGGAAACGCUGCACAGGGCCAUUGCCUAAGGAAUAUCAAAAGAUAGGAAAGGCCUUGCAGAGCUUAGCAACAGUGUUUAGUUCUAGCGGUUAUCAAGGUGAAACAGAUCUCAAUGAUGCAAUAACAGAAGCUGGAAAGACUUAUGAAGAAAUUGCUAGUCUCGUGGCAGAACAGCCAAAGAAAGAUCUCCAUUUCCUGAUGGAAUGUAACCAUGAGUAUAAAGGCUUUCUCGGCUGCUUCCCAGAUAUCAUUGGUGCUCAUAAGGGAGCAAUAGAAAAAGUGAAAGAAAGUGAUAAGCUAGUUGCAACUAGUAAAAUCACUCCACAAGACAAACAGACUAUGGUGAAGCGAGUCGGCACCAUGUCUUACGCUUUGCAAGCUGAGAUGAAUCACUUUCAUAGUAACCGGAUCUAUGACUACAAUAGCGUCAUCCGUCUGUACCUGGAGCAGCAAGUGCAGUUUUAUGAAACAAUUGCAGAAAAGCUGAGGCAGGCCCUCAGCCGCUUUCCAGUUAUGUAGAACAGAAUGGAACAUGAAGAAAUCUCCGAAGUGCUUCUUUCUGACUUGGGGCAAUGCAAUUCAAAGUUUUUUUGUUUUGUGUUUGUUUUGUUUUUGUUUUUUCCUAUCAUUAAAAAAAAGGAAAAGAAAACCAAAAAGAAAUUAGUUGAAAAAAACUGUUCUCUUUACAAACCAGCCAAAAUGCAUUGGUUAAUAGGUUAUUUAGUGAUGAUCUUCUUAUGUUCAUUUCCCACUCAUUAUUUAAACCAAUGGAAAUUGUCUAUAUUUUUGGAAAGUACUUACAUUUAUCGGAAUUUUGAAUGGAGAAUUAAAGGUUCCCCCACUUAUAUUUUACAAAAGACUGUAAUUUAUAUGUUACCCUUGAUCUUCUAAUUCAUACCCAAUGUCAGAUAAUUACUAAUUGCUUUCUUAAAAAUAUGAAAUAUGCCAGAAUAAAAAAAAUAUAUGUUUGUAUAUUUUUAUAACUCUCUCAGUCCUUUGGGGUUCCUGUCUGUUUAGGAAAGCUGCACGCCCUUUGCUGGCAUAGCUACAACUCAGGUGCUUACAUCACAGGAGGGAGGAAGCAGAGUGGAGCCCCCAGGUCACCUGUACCCCUCAUGGAGUGUGGGAAGCGAAACGUUGCCUGUCCCUUCACAGGCACAACUGCCUGCUGCUCCUACCAGAAGACAGCGCAGUUUCCUUGCACUGUUCCUAAUCCUCGGUAAGAUGUGUUCUAUGCUAGAAAGAGUAAGUCAGGAAAGUUGAAGGAUUGUUUAGAAACUUCUCUGGCAUUGCCCCUAUGGGUGGGUAGCCAUCCUGAUUCCUGUGCCCAAAGCUGCCACCCCUUCUGCCCUUCCCUCAGCUGUCCGCUGGACAGAAGUACUGGGCAUAGCCUGGCAGCCACUUGGUUUGCAAUAUAGAGCAGCAGACCAGCCAGUGUUCUCUGAAAGAUGAAAGCCAGAGGUUUAGUGUGUCCCCUCCCCACCACAAGGGAAAGUUUAGGGACUGAGACAAGUGGCAUCCUGAACUGUGUGUGGUUAUGUGCUAAAGAAAACAGUAAAGUGAUACUUGCCCUGUGUCCUAACCUUCAGAUAGUUUCCUGAUCACUGGUACUUCAGCUAACAGUACAGAGCAAAACCAGCUGUCCACUUGAAAUCAGAACACUCACUGUUUUAUCCUGCAGACUGCAACUCCAACUUCCACUGUUGCCUUACAGCCUGAUCUCCUAUCAUUUCUUGACCUAAUAAUUAUGGAAAAUGAAAAGUCUGGGCUAGUAUAAUUAAGUGAAACCAAAAAAUAAGUAGAUGGGGAAAUCAAAUGAACACAAAUAUGAGAACUUCUUGUUCUUCAAUGUCACGGGUUUUUGUUAAUGUUUUAUAAAUAAUUUUCCCCGCUGGAUUUUUCUUUUUUAAAAUCCCCCAAAAACAGUGUUUAUGAUACAACCAUUUAAUAUAUGUACAAAUUGUAAAGAAUAUGUAUAAAUAUUUUACACAAAUGUAAGCAUGUAGAAGUCAACAUAU